UAAGGGUACCAAAACAUUACUCUCUCCGUUCUGUGUGUAAUGGGAUGUGUGACAAAGCAAAACAUAAUCACUAAAAUCGCUAAACUAAAAUUGGUUGUGAAAAGAAAAAAUGGCAUCAAAUAAAAAUAGAAAAUCGCGAUGGGACGAACCCAAAGAAAACGAUAAGAGUCAUAAAGAGAAAGAUGAUGGUUUGUCAUGCAAGUCUGGUAACGACAGCCAUUGUGGCAUUAGCAAUAAAGGCAAUCAGGUUAUAUUAGGCAGUAAAAGGAGGCUGGAAGAUAAUCCAGAACAGCAAGAAAAGCAAUCUGGUUCAAUUACAAUUAAAAUGAAUAAGCCACAGACGCAAGGUGAACCAUUGGUUCAAAAGAAAAAAGUUUCGUUGGCUGCAGUUUUCAAUGAUGAGUCUGAUUCUGAAGAAGAGAUGCCACUGGAGUGUAGGAUGAAGAUGAGAAAUAUUGGAAGGUGUAAAAUUAUGUUAUUUACAAGCCUUAUAUGCUGAAAUAGUAGAUACAAUUACAUCAGCCGGACCAAAAUCAUACAAUAAAGGGAAAAAAGGAUUUACACAUUGCAGUUUUAAGCAAUUCGAGCUAUCUAUGAAACCAAGGAAUAGCAUGGAAAAACAAAAUGACAUCACGUAACUACAUACUCACUGGUCGUUUUUAGUUCUAUUUUGUAAAUAAAGAAGUUUGGUGUAUUAACUUUAUACCAGUAAACAAACAAAGCUUUUGUUGUUGUUA